UAGACAUCAGCGUAGCUUGAGAUAUUGCUAGAGCGAACGAGCGCGAGGGAGCGAGCAACGCCAUUUUCUCGAUUUGCGGGUGAAGAUCGUGCGCGGUGUGUGUACCUCGUUUGGCAAAGUUCUCCCACGUUUCUGCGUAACGACGUCAAAAUUACGGGCUGUCCGUCGGUCCUGGUGCAUUCGCCAGUGUUAUGUAUAGACACGCGGCCAGCUGUGCGGUAGAUAUGGUGAGUUCAGAGAGAUCGAAGCGCUCCCGGGAGACGUGACGUCUUGUCAGUCGGUCUUUUCCCAUUCCCCCUUUCUUGGCGAGCUCCCGCAGGGAUGGGUCGUGCAGAGUUGUCGCUCAUGAUAACGUAACACGGACCAAACGCCCGACCCAGCGUGCGUUCGAAAUUCUCAUUCGGUUACGAUUCGGACGUGUAACAGAAAGAACCGUGGAACAAUCAGGAGUCGGUAGAAUGUUUCGUCGGGGCCAAUGGGCGGAGGUUUAGGGCGGCACAUGGCUGUUGGGGCGCCGGCUGUGCAGGGGGUGGUUUUCCCGACGCUAGCUAGAACCGACGAGAAUUCGAACCGACGUCAGUCACCGGUGCUCUGUGCGUAACGUGUAUCUCGAUCGAGAUCGCGCGUAAUUGCGGCUGGUCACGGUUCGGCUAACAAGUUCACAGUGACAGUGGAAAGAGAAGUACUCCGUUAUAUGUCUCGAUUUUCUUGCCGGAGAGAAGCAGUCGGAGGCUUUGGAGGCUCUCGCCGAUUACGCGCGUCUCUUGUUGUGCCGUUGAGCGUUCUGCAUUUCCUUCACGUAAAGUUCGGACAAAGGGACCAACAGUGAUCACGGACGAUCUGCUCCUCCUCCUCCUCCCCCUCCUCCUCCUCGAGGGGGAAUAUUUGACGAUCUUUGUGUUGCUGCGAACCAACUCCACAACGGGCAACGUCUUCAGAAAGCGGUGAGCGAUCUCUGAAAGGAAAGAUAAGGAAGGGAGCAUUUGAUAGAAGAAGAUGCCGCUACCAAAGCGACUGGUGGAGCCGGUGCUCGUCGCGCGCGGCACCAUCCCCGAGAAUUUCCCUCUGCCCUCGGAGCUAGAAGCUGUAACGAACGGCACAUUAGCAAACACGAUCAGGCAACUGUCCAGCCUGUCCAGGCAUGCCGAGGAUCUGUUUGGCGAGCUUGCGAGGGAGGCUCAUGGAUUGAGCGACAGGGCCAACUCCUUGCAGGCCAGGAUAGACCGAUUAGCUGUGAAAGUUACUCAGCUUGACAGCAACGUCGAGGAAGUCUCACUGCAAGAUAUACACAUGAGGAAGGCGUUCAAGAGUUCAGUGGUGUUCGACCAGCAAGUUGUUUCCAGGGAUACCAUGCCAACGGCGAUGUUGGAAACUUAUCAUCAAUGCGACACGCCACCACCUCUUGAUAAACUUAACGUUUACAGGGAAGACGGCAAGGACGGACUAAAAUUUUAUACGGAUCCGAAUUAUUUCUUCGAUCUCUGGAGUCAGGAGAUGCUCAAGGAUACGGAAAAGAAAUUACACGAUCGGGGGAAAAAGACCGAGUCUGAAUAUGCCGAACCGUUCAGAGAGCCUCAUAGACCUCGGAACGAGGGUGGUGGUGGUGGCGGUGGCAGGCAUAAGAAGCGCAUAAGACAACCGCAUAACACGAGAGAAAGGCAAAGACAGUUAGCCGUGGGUCACGGCGAGUAUAUCAUGCCAACGCAAGGUGUUCAAUACAGAGCACCUCACAACAUACCGGAUGAAUCGUUAUUGGGAAUGGUGAUGACCGAGCCACGGCCACCUAGGCCAAAUAGCAUUGAACUUAGACGAAGUUAUCCACCGGAGGAGCAACACCUCUACAGUCCUCCUUCUUCCGAUCAUUAUAGGGUAGCGAAUUACGUGGCUCAGGGUUACGAAGACAACUUGUACGGCUCGCAUUAUGGCACAGGCCAAGGACAAGCAGGCAGCGAAACGUACCAGAGUCCUGGUGGUCAAAGUACUCCAAGUAGAAGCGGUAGAUCACGACCGUCGCAACCACCACCAGCUCCACCAAGCAACACUUCUAGCAAUUCGACGCCUACUGUCGCUUCUGCUAACAAUACUCCAACACGUGGAAGAUCAAUGAGCACCGGUAGAGACACUCUUCCACCACCACCUCCGCCUCCUGGAGAAACCAUGUCCCCUCCUCCUAUGAAUGGUUCAAUACCGUCGCAUUUACUAAAUAGGAACGGGAGUCGUUCGAAUAGUCCGCUACCCAGUCAUCACUCGACGCCUACUCCGCCGAAUCAUUCGACGCAAAUAGGAACGGAUGAGACUGAUCCUGCUGCUCCGCAAGACUUGCCGCCUCCACCUCCGACUCCCGAUCCUACACCGCCUAGACCCAUUUCUCCACCGUGUAAUAUCCCGCCACCGCCUCCGCCACCUCCGCCACCGCCUGUUGCUAAUGGACCGUCGCCCCCUGUGCCAUUGACUAAUGGCGAUAUUGCUAAAAUGAUAGCGACUAAUCCGCCCAAGUUGAAACCCCUGAAACCCUUGAAGAAUAUCGUGGAUGGGCAAUUGAGGAAGCCCGUUAAUCCGAACAUCCCCCUUGUCGAUCCACGAAACGAUCUACUUAAAGCAAUUAGAGAUGGAAUAAAAUUACGUAAAGUGGAGAAGAUUGAGCAGAAGGAAGUGGAACGCGUGAACGCGUUGAACGACGUCGCGUCGAUAUUGGCACGACGCGUUGCCGUCGAGUUCAGCGACAGUGAUUCAGCAUCGGAGAGCGAAUGCGACAGCGAAGGAUGGGGCGAGCAGGAAACGAAUCUCGCGUGACCCAGCUCACUUCCAUCUACCGCCACUGCCUCUUAGAGAAACGGCUGACGAUCCAAUUCGAUUUCAUUCGCUCUCAACGAAAUCCAUUUCUGUUAUUCGUCGCACAAGUCACACGCUUUGUCUGCGCACAGGCGUCGAGUAGGAAUAAUUUGAUUCGAUGUUGGGUGUGUAUCGAAGAAGCAUCGGAUUUGAAAGUAGAAACAAGACCAGCGAAUUUCGUUGGUCGAUUUUUUGUGUUGAGUUCUGUUAAUACAGAGAGCGUGUAAACGCGAAUUAUUAUAAGUAAUAUUCAUUAAAAGUAAUAGUAUAACUACGAUUAUUUUUAUUACGCACCGUUUCAUUACCUUUAACAGGGUUAUUUUCUUUUCUUUUGUUGCGAAAGAAAUGUUUAGUAGCUUUCUUUUUUCCUUUUUUUUUUUCUUUUUUGUAUAAACUACAUAAAAGGAAAUUUGUUUUUAUGUUAACUGCAAGCUCAAUUAAAUACUUAGCAUGUAUUUAUCUGAAGACGUGAAAAAUAUUAUUUAGCUUUUCUCAAACGAUUCUAGGCAUUACAAGCGAGAGACUUGUUAUUUAUUGAAGAGAGCACACAAAGUAUGAAUAUAGCAAAAGUCUAAGAAUUCGUGCGUAAAUUCAGAAUAUUUUUGUGGAGCUACAUAAAUACACUUUUCUUUUACCUGCAGACGCUUCCACUUUGUUUUACUGUUACAAAUAAAAGUAUCAAAGUUUACGAAGUAUGUAAUAAUCGCAUGUUCUUUUUUUUUUCGAUUCUCCGAUUCAACGAACAUAAAGCAGAUUACUUAGAGUAGUGAAAGGGAAAAACCCGAGUAAGAAGAAGAUACGCACACGAAGCCACGCGUCGAUUUCCUAUUGUUGCUCGAUAUCGAUCAUAGAAGUGAUUUCUUUUCGACACAUUCCAUGAUAAUACCAGUACCAUACGAUGGAACAAAUUUGAUUUUUGUUUUUUUUUUUUUUUUCAUUUCAGUGGUUCGAUCGUCCGAUACGACGAUACGAUAUGCGUAAGUCGUUGCUUAAGACAAGCGACUGCUCUGUACAUGUUACGAUCCAUUGCACGCGAGGGUAUGUAUUGUAUGUAAAUUAAAACCAAACUGCAGAGCUAAUAUUUUUGUUCCCCUCUUUUGUGUAUAAAUCUGUAAGAUACCUGUAUCUUAAAUAUUUUUUGUAUGCUUGUCUCUAUUAGGUGUAUGUAUAUGCGCGCUCUGUCACAACGAGAAUGAUCCACAGGAGCAUUUCCCAAUCUUUUCUAACGUUUUCAAAUGAUCUUCCACAUCGUCGCGACUACGACAAAGACGGUACCGUGAGGAAUGGAAUGCCCGUUUUAUCAGCGAAGUGUCGAAAAUAACCAAAAUACUCUAUUUACUUGUAACGUGUAAGGAACAAUGUAAUUACCGAAUGAGUGAGAGGAUUCAUAUUUUUUAGCAUUUAGCGGAAGAAUAUACUACUGUUGCAAUGAAGAUUACAGUUGCCAAUUUUAAGCGUGUGAAGGAAAGAAAGAAAGAAAGAAAGAAAAAAAAAAUGA